CAUGUUGGUGAGUGAGUGUACGAUGUGGUGGGCGUACGAUGAACAAGGUCAGCGUGUGGAUAUAAUCAACCAACAGUGGUGUCAACAACGUAAAGAAAUCCUGUUGUUGUUUUGAUUCAACAAACACCAGCGUGUUUCACCGGUCGAUCUUCACUGCCUGUUCUUUCCUCUCAGCUGUUUACAGCCAAUAAUGAGAGUUCAAAGGUUCAAAGAGUUAAAGUUACAGGUUAGUGUUUGUCAAACAAACAUCAACGUGGAAAUAACCAGAAGUCUGACAACUUCACAACGUCACAGAACUGUUCCAGGAAGUUAGAACUAGAAGGUUUACACUGAAAUACCUUCAGAUAUGUUUUACUAGAAAAACCACAUUAUGUUAGAGAUAAACAAAGAGCAGGUGAAGGAAGGCAAAACUGCAGAAAUAUAUACAAACCUAUCAGAAAUGUGGUUACAUUUAAAAAGAAAAACACAAAAACUAAUGUUGAUUGUUUUAGAAAAAUGUGGGAGAGCCAGAAACAAUUGACACCAGAUAAUUAUAUAUUACUAAAAUACAUGGCACGAAAGGUCAGAGCUAAAAAAAAAAAAAAAAAAAAUUAAAAAGUUAUGAGACAGAAAAAUGUUCAAAGUGAUGAUGGACUAUGAUUGGACCCCGGACCAGAUUUUACAUAAGUAUAUUUUUUUAGAUUUUACCAUAAAUAGGUAAUAAGAUAAUAAGUUCCUGUUUAUUUGAACCCAAUUAAAUAUUUGACAUUUCUGACCUUUAAAGAAUAAAUAUCCACUCGAUCUGUUCAUGUUUGUCUGCUGUGGAAUCUACUGAGUCUUUUGUGCUUUUAUUUUGGGAAGUGUAUCGUCAUAAAACAGACAAUACAUGUAUUUCCUGUUGGGAAAAAAACUCUCUCUCUCUCCCUCUCUCUCUCUCUCUCUCUUUCCAAAUCUACUGAUUACAGGCAGCUCUGCUUUUACAGUACAGUCGUUCAGGCUCUACAGGGGUUCCCCAUUCACAAGGGAAGGAGAGAGAGGGAGAGAGAGGGUGAGAGAGGGUGAGAGAGGGAGAGAGAGGGAGUGUGUGUGUGUGUGAGAGAGAGAGAGGCAGAGCGAGGGUAAGUGAGAGAGAGAGAGAGAGAGAGAGUAGAGACGCCCGUUCUUUCUUCACUUGGCUGCAUUCGGUUUCCUGACUCCAGAGAAGCGACCAUGCUGUGGAAACUAGUAGAGAAUGUCAAGUAUGAAGAUAUUUACGAGGACCGGCAUGACGGGGUUUCGAGCCACAGCUCGCGUCUGUCCCAGCUGGGCUCUGUGUCUCACGGCGGCCCAUACUCCAGCGCGCCGCCGCUCUCACACGCCCCUUCGUCGGACUUCCAGCCCCCCUACUUCCCGCCCCCCUACCAGCCGCUCGCUCACUACCAGAGCCAGGACCCGUACUCCCACGUCAGCGACCCGUACUCCCUCAACUCCCUGCACCAGAGCCAACAGGGCGCAUGGGCCGGGGCACGGCAGCGGCAGGACGCCGCCGGGGAGCGCAUGGAGAGCUCGGCCCUGCUGGCGCAGCCGCGGGCCUCCCUGCCCCAGCUCUCCGGCCUGGACCCCCGGCGGGACUACGGCGGGGGGAGGGGGCCCCGCGGGGCGCCGCCCAUAAUAAAACUAAAUACUGAUUCUAACUGUUUGUUCUGCUUCUCACAGACCAUCGAAGACACCAACGGGACCAACAUCCUGGAUCAGUCGGUCAUUAAAAAGGUUCCUAUGCCUCCUAAACACAUCGGCUCCCUGAUGCUGGGGAAAGACGGUCUGAUCGGGGGCGUGAGCGUCAACAUUAACGAGGUGUUCUGUUCGGUACCGGGCCGCCUGUCGCUGCUCAGCUCCACCUCCAAGUACAAAGUGACCGUAGGGGAGGUGCAGAGGAGACUGUCUCCACCCGAGUGCCUCAACGCCUCCCUGCUGGGGGGAGUGCUGAGAAGAGCGAAAUCCAAAAACGGUGGGAAGUGUCUGAGGGAGAAGCUGGAGAAGAUUGGACUGAAUUUACCCGCAGGACGACGCAAAGCUGCCAACGUCACUCUGCUGACGUCACUGGUCGAAGGUGAAGCCGUCCACCUGGCCCGGGACUUCGGUUACAUCUGUGAGACGGAGUUUCCCACCAAAGCCGUGAGCGAGUACCUGAACCGUCAGCACGCAGACCCCAACGAGCUGCACACCAGGAAAAACAUGCUGCUGGCCACGAAACAGCUGUGCAAGGAGUUUACAGACCUGCUGGCCCAGGACAGGACUCCCCUGGGCAACUCCAGGCCCUCGCCCAUCCUGGAGCCAGGCAUCCAGAGCUGCCUCUCUCACUUCUCCUUCAUCACACACGGCUUUGGGUCGCCCGCCAUCUGCGCCGCCCUCACCGCCCUGCAGAACUACCUCACCGAGGCUCUCAAAGGACUCGACAAGAUGUUUCUCAACAACCCUUCCAACAACCAGCACGGGGACGGCAGGAACAAGGCCGGGGACAAAGAGGAGAAGCAGCGGAAAUGAAGCUGAGGGCAGCAGGGCCCAGUUGAGCAGGAGGAGGCCGCGUAUUUACACCUGUUAUUUCUAGCUUUAACACCGCUGCCACUGACUGGCCACACGCAGGACCGAGGGAGAAGAGGAGGAAGAGGAGGAAGAGGAGGCGCAGAGAGCCAGAGAAGGGCAGAGGAAGACACCCGUAGGCCAGUGUCGGAGACCACAGAGGGAUUUUUCAUCUGUGUUACGUCCCUUUUACCCCCCCCACCCCUGAGGACAUGCUGGUUGCUGUGUUACAUCCAUUUUUGUCCCCUGCCUCUGCUUCCUGUGAGAGCAGCCAACGGACGACAGUGCGUGCAUGUGUGCCUAAAUGAAUGUGUGCAAGUGGGUGUGUUUCGUCUCCACACGGGGGAGAAAAAAAAAAUGCAGCGUUGUGUGUUUGGAAAUACUGUGGCGAGGAAAGUUUUAUCUGUGAUAAAGGUUUGGUCUGGUCAGGCCGAGGGCGUUAACUUAUGUGUGUAAAUAUUUAUUUAUAUUAAUUUAAAUGAACGGUUGUGUAAAUAGGUUCACCAGCUUUUUUGGAGUAGGCCUAUUUAUCUGUGAUUUAACCCUUU